UUCCUCAAAAUGUUUUAUCAUCAGGUUAAAACUUCGAUUGCUCUGGCAAACUUGGCAAUAGUUCUGAUAAUCAAUGUUACAAUAGUGCUCUCUCAACAAUCGAUUAGUCUGGGAGACAACACGCCAAAAGAUUAUGUAGUGGCGGAAAAUGUCCUCGGAGAUGCUAUGGGCGCAGUGACUUAUGCACUACUAAAUAGUCCUGUAAGUGGCUACUUUCGAAUUGAUCCGCAUACCGGAAGUUUGAUUACUCGUCGAGCAGUUGAUCGCGAUGUGUUGUGUCCGGAGUCCGGACUUUGUUGUGCUCAAAAUACACAAAAUUCCCGUUUGAGUACCCUUCGUCGAGCUGAUAACGGGGAGGCUGGCUCGAUAUGCAGUCUACGUCUAGACGUUGCUGUCACCGCCGGGCAACGAGGUGACUUAGUACCGACGACAAGACAAGUUUACGUGGAUAUUAAGGAUGAGAAUGACCAUUCUCCAGUCUUUUCUAUUCCUAGUCAUACUUCGCAGCAUGGUCAUUACUCAAACGCUAAAUACGGAAGCUCCUCUAACACCCAUACCCCCGUUCUGGUGCUCGAUAUCUCAGAAGCCGCUAUUCCUGGGAGUCAUCGAUUAGUCCUACCCUUGGCAGUGGACAUCGACAGUGCACCUUUUAACGUUCAGAAUUACCUCCUAGACUCGGGAAUUAAUUCACGGUUCCAAUUAUCUUCCUCCACCUCUCCCGAGCGUUUCUUCAAACUUGAGGUUCAAAAGAGAGAGUUGACUGGCGUGACACAAUUUGAAUCAGAUGCACUCAUCACCGGAUUGGAUCUACUCCUUAUCGCUCCUUUGGACAGAGAAUCUUUAUCAUUGUUUGAAUUCGAUAUUCUGGCAAUUGAUGGGGGGUCGCCUAAUCAAAGAACCGGAACUCUCUCCGUCCAGAUUAGAGUAACUGAUGCAAAUGACCAUGAUCCCAUAUUUGAGCAUCCGUCUUACGAGAAAAGCGUUGAGGAGGGUCAAGUGUUUGAAACCACACAUAUUCUCAAGGUCACAGCUCAUGACCAAGAUGAAGGACCCAACGCGCGUAUUCGCUACUCCUGGUGGCCCGACUAUGAUCGAUUUGGUUCUGACGCUAAACUCCUUGAACAGUCACCUGUACGUCUGCUCACCGAUGAGGAAAUUGCCUCACAGUUUGGAUCUCAUGUAUCGCCUGAGCGUCUGGUUAGUCUUCAAGCUCUACCCACUUAUUGGUUUUGUUUGAAUGAACAAACUGGGGAGAUUUUCGUUCACCGGCCGUUGGAUUAUGAGACGAAGAGGAGAUUUGUUUUCGCUAUUGUUGCUACUAAUCCUGAUGCUGAUGAUCCAACGGGAAAGGCUGCAAGUAUCACCAGAAAAUCCCUGAAAAAUUCCCCAUCAAUGACCGAAGUCACUAUCAAUAUAAUUAACUUGAACGACGAAAAGCCGCAAAUCAGCAUUGACUACGUGGUGAACAGCGAUUCAGUAAAACACAAGCAAGUCAAGGAGAACGAUUCCCCGGAUCAUUUUAUUGCCUUAAUCAGAGUCACUGACGCCGACGCAAGUCACUCAAAGCUACCUCACUCGCCUCUAGAGGACCCUUGGAUGUCUAAUUUUCAGUACAGCAGUGCCCACUCGAGGUCCUCUCUUUCCACUCCUGGGGGCGUGGUCACAUGUGAAUUGGGCAGCCACACAAGCAACUACACACUUUUUCACAAUACCCAGACAGAUGUGGCAGCUGGCGUGGUUGAGUAUGUGCUCAAAACACAGACCCCGCUAGACAGGGAACGAGAACAAAGGCAAUUUGUCAUUAUUCGUUGCUCUGAUGAUGGCACGCCUUCCAAAACUUCAACCGCCACUGUAGAGGUUGAGAUACUCGAUCAAAAUGACAAUGUACCCGAAAUAACGGUACGUACACGAAUUCCAUCUACACUUAGACCAUAUCAGUCUAGUGUACUUUCACCAAUUCCUAGAAGUCGUUUGGCUGAUAUUCUUCAGAAAUCCCCGCCGGUUUGGCAGAAAGCACAUCCACUUGUCGAACAUCCAUUAAUGACUGCGUAUGAAGCCGGUGUGCCAGUUAUUUUGGUGACUAUACCUGAGAAUAGACCCCCGGGAACUAUUGUGGCAUCAUUGAGAGGGGUUGAUCAGGAUGCUGGAGAGAAUGGUAGAGUAACUUUCCGAAUUUUGAAAGAAGAUCGGAGUCUACCUCGGAUUAGUCCAGAAUCAGCACCAACAAACCAGCAAACGGGUCGAUAUCCAGAAGGAAAAUUCGAUCUCGAGUCGUCUCCAGUUACUAUUCGUUCGGAUGUUAGUAGGUCUGAUCUUUUUAAGUUGGAGUCGAAUGGUGAUAUAACAACAACUCGAACAAUUGAUCGUGAACAAUCCUCCCCACUUCGAGACGAAGUCUAUCUCUUCAUAGAAGCGCAAGAUUGGGGCCAGCCGAAGGCUCUUAGCUCUUACGUUCUGCUAGCUGUCGCCAUUGAAGACGAAAAUGACAACUCACCUUAUUUUAUUCUUCCCCAAAUGGGCUUUUCCGUCAUGGAAAACCUACCAGCUCCACGUAGAAUUGGUGAAAUUCUUGUUCAGGAUGCUGAUGCAGGAACAGAAGUUGGAGAAAUUUAUCAUGAUAUUCUUCCUAACCCUCCUCGAGUAAGUGAAUCGCCAAAACAUAUAAUCAAUCUUUUCAUCAAUCCAAAUCAUGGAAGGCUCGAACUCCCCUUUGUCAUUGAUGCAACUCCUGAUGGAAGAUUCUUUCUUAAUGUCACUCGUUCAUUGGACCGUGAAUUAGAGGACUCCUUCCGAUUUCUUGUUCAAGCAUCUGAUUAUCUUGGUCCGUCGCAUCCUAAACAUACAUCUACUGCUACUAUUACCGUUUCAGUAGUAGAUGUGAAUGAUAACCCUCCGGAAAUCAUCUUCCCAAAACCUGCAACUGCUACUACUUAUGUUCACACACUAUCUUAUCUUGAAACGCCCGACACGGAAAUACUCAGUGUCAAUGCAAAUGAUAAGGAUUCAAAUGAAGAGAAUGGAAAAAUUGUGUUUGAGCUUGGAUCUGUUAUCCCCUCUAUACCCGGAGAGGAUAGCUCACUACUUGCUAAGACAGCUAUGCAUGGUGAUCUAUUCAAAUUAGAUCCAUUCAAAGGACUUUUGAAAACUCAACGUAGAAUGAGUGAGGAUGACAUUGGUGAACAUUGGUUGCAAUUAAUUGUUCGGGAUACAGGAACACCGCCCCAACAAGCAACGCAAGUUAUCCGCCUAGCAGUUGGUAGAUCACCUCCACAGUUUGCUUCUAACAUUCGAGGUAGGAUGCCAUCCCACCCAAGAAAGCCACCUAAUGAGUACACUGGCGGCAGUGUUGUGGGUCCUCUCUAUCGGCCCGGUUUAGAGUGGGGUGGAGCUAAUGGAAGAACCCCCUCUAGCAUGGUUUUGUUAGUGCUUAUCAGUCUGAUGAUCGCUGGAAUUGUUGUUCUAAUUGGACUCUGUUUUUAUUCACGGCAUCGACGAAAGUCGUUCCUCUGUUUGCCCGAUGUCUGUUCAUUGUUCCGAAAAUCUCGCCAAGCUUCUUCAAGUCCCUACAGCAAUUCGGAAUGCGUUGAAAGAUCAGUCAAGGUACCUAAGGAUAACACAACUUUGAGAAAGGGUUCUAAAGAGUCUAGCUUGCAGGCUAGAGUUUGGUCACCUCUUCCAGCCCCUCCUCUAAGUGGAGAUUACAUUGUAUCAUCCUCAAAGUGUCUUCCAAACCAGAUGGGGGCAUUCGUUUCAAUUGCGAAUGCCAAUUCUAGAUGUCAGGUGGACGGAGUUCAGUCAUUAAUGGCUGAUGGUUCAGACUUCUUUGAAGGCUCGUCGAAGCUCUACACUGAUUGUUAUCAUGUUGGAAUGCCAUGUAAUCAAGGACCCAUUCAGUCUUCUCGAUUCGUACCAGUUCCGGCAACAACUUUUAAAUCUAUUGUAACAUCAGAUGACGAAUUCUCGGCUCCAAAGGGUCAUUUCUACAAUUCGGCAACCAUGGCUGCCCAAUCCACUGCAAUUUCCCCUCUUCAUCGGCAAAAUUUCUUGACAACUUCCUCGCGCUAUGGAGAGACCCUUCCACUCCCCCCUCUUUACGCCCAAUCAGUUCCUAAUCAUUGUCGGAACGAUGGUAUUGUGGAGGUUUUCAAAUGA